CCGGAGCACUGCUCCGAUUGCACACCUACUCCACCGCGCUGCUCAUCCCCGAGGGAGCGAUCCCCAAGAGCCAACGGCACAGUGUGGUGCUGUCGGUAGUCCGUUGCGAUGACAAACACCAGCAGCUCCUGACGCCAGUGCCAGUGCCGACCAGUACGCGUACCACCUACCUCAGCCCGGUCGUGUUCUGUGGACCGGUUGACACGAAAGUGAACAAACCGAUCGUGAUGCAGUUACCGCACUGCGCCGAGAAUCUGUCCAACUGGAGUAUCUCACUGUACAGCUCACCGGACAAUGUGACACCCUGGUCGAAGGUGGUGACGAUCGGUGAGGAAACGAUCAAUACACCGGCACUGGUGCAGAUCGAUCGACGGUACGCGUACAUCCUGACCGAGUCGUUCGGCAAGUAUGUGCUGGUCGGUGAGUCAGCGCACGAUAUCCAGGAGCGUGUGGCCUGCAAGAAACUGCGCCUCUUCAUCUGUGGCCCCUCGACGGUGCCCGAGUUUUCUGACGUCAACGUACGGAUCUACAUCGUCGAGGACAAUCCGGGAGCGGAGGAAAGGUGUCGGCAUUGUGAGCAGGAGAUCGGUGGAGUGCUACUCGGUGGUAGCACCGUGCUGUACUUUGCCGAUACCGGGCACGAUCUGGUGAUCGAUCUACGGUGUGUUGGUGGUUGGAAGACGAAACCAUUUAGCGAACGUCAAACGAUUCCGUUCUCGCACGUGUGGGGUGCGGCGGGGACGGCGCUCCACUGUAGCUUCACGCUCUGCCGGACCGAACACGACAAGUGUGACUUCAAGAUCAAUGUCCGAGCGGUACAGGAUUCGGAGGAUCCACUGCACGUGCCACCGUUGAUCGAUCCACUCCAAACCGAUCAUGCCGCAACGCUGAGCGUUUCGUCGUUCGUGCCGUUGCCACGCGAAACUCAUCUUUCCUCGUCCGGCGGUGGUCUUCAGCAGCAUUCGACGGGUUCGUUCGAAACCAUGACCAUCUGUAGUGUGGGCUCGGGAAAGACAGCAGCGGGAUCGGGUGCUACGGUAGAGAACAACAUCUUCAACAGCGAUCGUUUCCGGUUGUCGAAGGAUGUGAAGCGAAAGCUGUGCAAGUGUCUCGAUCCACCGACGCAGAAGCGCAACGAUUGGCGCAUGCUGGCGGCUCACCUGAACGUGGACCGCUACCUGACGUACUUUGCCACGCGGCCAUCACCGACCGAUCAGAUCCUGGAUCUGUGGGAGUGCCGCAAUCGGGACCUGAACGCUGUCCAGCGGCUGAUCGAGAUCUGCCGGACGAUGGAGCGGCCCGACGCGGUGGCGAUACUCGAGCAGAUCCAACCGGCACCCUGGCUGUGAAGAUUGGACGGUGGAUCGGUAUGAGGUAUCGGCCAACGGCACAGUGGAGGCUCAAGUCAAGUCGGAAUCGAACCAACCCAAGCGAACAGGCUGCGAUAUAUAGGUCAAGUCAAGUCUUUAUAAAUAUUUAUAAUUCAUUAUCUCUCCCUCUUGCCCGACCUCCACCUCUCUUUCUCUGGCGCUCUCUCGCUCUAUUCCUCACCAAACAGUGUCGGUUAUGUCGAGCAAAGCAAGGAAGCUUGGUCACCGUCGGAGUGGCACAAUCAAAUCAGACAAUCUUGUGUUGUGCGCCUCGCGGCUGCUGUCGCGAUUCGGUCACGCUUGUCACUCCAGUCCGUGUCGGAAGCGCCUUGUCCUGCUGCAACUGCUUCUGCUGGUUGAUUGCAACUUGCAAUUGCAAUUGUCCAGCAGCAUGCUGCCUCGCAUCGUGUGACCCCAGUCCGUCAUAGGGGUUAAUAUGAAAUGGGUAUAAAACCGGACCUUUCCCGUCCCCUUAAAGGUCAGUACACAUCAUUUGGCAUGCAGGACGACAGGACGGGAGAUCAACGAAGGCGAGGAGCACAGUGCUGCCCGCUAUCCAAUCUAGUAGCGCAUGCUAGAACCAACAACCUGUCUCGCGUGUGCGGCUUGAUUGGCAGCCAUUGAUGCAGCGGCAAGAUUUGUCCCUUUUCCCUCGCCACACACGAAAUGGUAUGCAGAGAGAAAGGGAAAGCGAGAGAGAGAGAGAGAGAGAGAAUGAGUGCAGCAAGGGCGUAUUGUUGCACCACAGGAGGAGGCGCUCGCGGGCGUUGUGUAUCUAUCCAUCAAGCGCAAAUCAUCAAUCGAAUCUAGUUAGCUAACGAGCGUGAAUCCGAUGGCCCGAGGACCUAUUAAACCAUUUCAUAACCCUACUUAGCUGCAGUAAGAAUCCUAAAUACACCGACUUACGCACACCCAGACACACAACUAUAUCAUAAUCAGAUAGGAAUGGUCACCCGCCGCUGCAUUGGCCUACUACAAUCCAUCCACUGCCCGCAGUUGAUUUAUGUGCGAUUCAUGUGUGUUUUGCGCUUCGGUUUCGCCUACUGUGUGCACAUCAGCAUCAGUUUUCAGUCCACUCGCUGUCGUCGUUGUCGUCGUUGUCGUGGCCAUAUACUCAUUAUUAUCCAUGCCGGAGAAACCCAGGCGUUAGCUGGCCAAUGGUAGUAAUAGAUAACCGAAGACUGAAGUACUGAAGAAUUGCGCGCGGCGAGAUCCAAUUAAGCUCAGGAGGAUUUCCAGUAGAGAUUCUUACAAUUCGCCAUCAGCACGUGUUCUGCCGUGCAAGAAGGUCCUGCUGAUGACGAUGACGGUGGUUUGAUUGAGGCUUUGAGAUGAUUGACGAAGUACGCAGCAGGAUGGCACUACAAUAUGUAAUGCAACCACCAUCAAUAGUCACUUCCGUUGAGUAUACCUCCCUAUCUCUCUUUAGUGCGCGUGUUUUGAGUGUGCAUGUGUUUGUGUAAAUGUAUACCAGGGAGGUUUGUGGUUAGUUAGUAGUUCCAGCGGUACGGUGCAUGCACCCGAUGCUGCACUCUGCUACAAGAGGAUCCAGUAGUAGCGUUCCUUCGAGGAGAAGAAGAGAGAUUUGAUUGUUCCGAUUGCGCCCGUUCCCUUUAGUAUUACUUUUAGCUGCGGGAGCCGCUUAUUUGUUGUGCAGAAAAAAGUGGCCGAUUGCAGGAAUGAGAACGUGAUAAAAUAUUUUAAAUAUUUCCCCCUUAAGCCCCCCUUUUGACCGCAUUGACCACAGCAAAUGCAUGUUCAAGUUGUUAGCGUCUUUUUCCUUGUUGGGUUGAAGAAAAAAAAAAGCAAAAUGUUUCUGAAAGAGCAAAAAAAACCCCAUAACCCGCUACUACCGAACUUACGAAAAAUGGCCUUCUUCUAGUUUCCUAAAGUUAGCGUUCUAAGCCAUGCUGCUACCCGGUGGAAGCACCGACAGUGGCAUCCCUGAGAUCUUUACGUACUAAUUCCAGGUUUUAGUUGCUUUAAAAAUGGAACCCGAGAUCGAUAUCGUUGUGAAUGUUAACUCUAUCGUUUCGCGCAGUGAAAUUGUAUAAAAUUAAGUCUCGACACGAACACAACGAAAACACCGCGCAAAAGGAUAAAAUGGAGGUUAGAAAACGUGUGUAAAAACUGAUUGUAAAAAGCAGAACUAGAAUAGGACGAAUCCGUAUUGGCUACCUAUUGUGCGCAUGAAAAAGGGAAGAGAGAGAGAGAGGGAGAUGGUGAAAACGGGGGAGUGCACCCUCACUGGCCAAUACCGGAAAUGGACGGGACUGCACUGCUAAUGUUUCGCUUCUUUUUGUGCAUUUUCCACCCGUGUUUUUUUGUGUGUGCAUUGUCCUUGUGCCGUUUUCGCGUCGCGGUUGUGCGCGGUUUGUCACAAGCACAAAAGAACGUCGUGACAUUAGGACCGUCCUGGCUGGCCCUAGUCCAACCCACCCCCCCCCCCCCCCCCCCCCCCGAUGGACCAUUGUUUUGCUAGCUCAAACAUCAUAAUUUUUCCCCUCAUUGCGCUGUCGCUGCAAGCCGGAAGUGGCCGUGGCGCGCGGUGCACGUGCCGCGUGUGUGGCAGCGCAACGCCAUCCCUCGUCCUUUUCCUUCGCCGUCGGACAAACCGAACGAAACGGCUGCACCCGAACGGCGUUGCAAUUAACUCAGCUGGAAACGAAAUUAAUUGUAAAACCGCAUCCACGAGCCAUCCCAUGGAGUCCCUGCCAGUCGCUGGGACUGGCCGCACCGCAGACCGCAACGUGCAUGCAACAAUGAGUAAAACAAAGCUUCCGACAGAAAUAUGAGCAUAAAUUGUCAAUAAAUUUGCGGAAUGUAUGCACCAUCCCACGGCCAACCGGCGCUGUCCUGUGCCAGAGUGGAUGAAGUUAUCUCUCUCGGCACCACCCGGUUGUGUUGUACCGGUGCGGUGUUAUCCACCGUCGCCGCCGCUGCACCACGAGACAUGAGUUUUUGCCCCCACCGGAAUUCACCCCACAGUGCACGGAGUUAGACGACCAACAAUGGUGCUCGCGCACUCGUCACAAAGUAGCGAAAUUCGAUACAAAUUCAUCUUUUUCGACUAAAAUGUAUUCAAUUAGAGCGCUUGUGGAUGUCCUGAAUGGGGUAGGCGUGCUCGGUCGGUCGCGUUAAAAGCCAAUCGAAGCGUCGUGCGGCGCAACCGGAAGGAUGUUAAUCAUUGGCCACCCAUUAGCUGAAAAUCGCCUCCUUUUUAACCGCGCCCCGGGUUCCGAUGCAGGAUUUAUGGGCAGUUGCAGGGGACACAUAAUCGAUGACAGCGCGGAACAAUAAUAUUUUCUCGUUAAAUAUUUGUCUCGAUUGGUGCAAGCAGCGGCGCAAGCAGCGAAACGGCAAAACAAACUGCGGGAACUGAGGAAUAAAAGGGGGGGUAUAGUGUACCCUAUCCACUAUGCGCGUUAAUCGAUAGAUGCUUUCAACGAGAGUGAGGACAACAUUAUCCCGGUCCGGUGUGGUCGUCCUUUUUUGGGACAUUAAUUGUCAUAAAAUAGUGCAAAUAAAAUAAAAAGCCAUUCAAGUGCGAGCGCGCCAUUGGCAUCGGGGUAUCGGCGUGAACUGGGCGCCGUGCAAACCACAAUCAAUUGAGGCAUAAAGAAUGUGACCACAAUGGCAUUAAUCACGUGGAGAGCAUAAUUAAAUAGACAUUGGCCGCCCAGUGGACCAUGAUGGUGUUCUUCAUUUUUAAAAGAGUUGCGAAUGAUUUUUGACAAAAAAACGUGGAGGAUGUGAAGAAAAACCGUGGAAAUCAGGUGGUUUACAAGCGAGGGUGGUAAUCGUGCCACGUACCGCGGUUGGUGACACAAUACGUAGCCAUACAUUGUAGCCUUUGUGACAUAUAUACUGUAUAGGUAAUCGGUACAUUUGCUCGCAACGAGCUCACCGAUUUGGGUUUUUUUUUCUAUACUAUUACAAAAAAAACGAACCAUUUCGUGCGCAUGGUACAGCUUACGGGCGAGCGUGUAGAUAUAUAUUACUCAAACACUUGUGUAAGUAGUUUCUUGUAUUAGGCGUAAGUUUGUAAGGGAAAAUACCAUGGUUUAUACAUAUAGCAUAACCCCAAACGCGUACCACUCCUGGAGGCAGAUAUAUAUUUGUUAUAAAAUAUAACCCAAAAUUAUACACCGUA